CGCUACUUUAAAAGCACUCGCAGUCGCAACCGUGUAGUUUGAGCUCUACAGAGCAAAGCACUUCGCUAAAACCCUCCACAAGAAAAACCCUAAUCCAUCCUUUUACUCUCCCAACCAAUCCAUUAUGGGUCGCCGGAAAAAUGGCAAUCACACUCCAACCACCCUCAACGGCUUGCCUCAGCCUCAGGGUUCGAAGAUUUGCUUUGAAGACGAGGACGAAGCUCUGGUUGAAGAAACCACUGAGAGCUCCAACUUCGACGAGUCCAUGUGCGAAGCCGCCGACGACUCUAACAGAGUCACUGAAGACACCGCGUGCGAGCCCGGCCAGUCCUUCAAUGAUAAAGAUGAUAAAACCAGCGCUGAUUAUUAUUUCGAUUCCUACUCUCACUUCGGUAUUCAUGAAGAAAUGUUGAAGGAUACAGUUAGAACUAAGACGUAUCAAAAUGUUAUUUAUCAAAAUAAGUUUUUAUUCAAAAAUAAAGUAGUUCUUGAUGUGGGAGCAGGAACUGGCAUUUUGUCCCUAUUUUGUGCGAAGGCAGGAGCAGCGCAUGUUUAUGCUGUCGAGUGCUCCCAUAUGGCUGACAUGGCGAAAGAGAUCGUUGAAGCAAACGGAUUUUCUAAUGUUAUAACUGUUUUGAAAGGGAAGAUUGAAGAAAUUGAGCUUCCCGUCGCCAAAGUAGACAUAAUUAUUUCAGAAUGGAUGGGAUACUUCUUAUUGUUUGAGAAUAUGUUAAAUACAGUCCUAUAUGCUCGUGAUAAGUGGCUUGUUGAUGAUGGUAUUGUAUUACCGGACAAAGCUUCUCUAUAUUUAACAGCUAUCGAGGAUGCAGAUUAUAAAGAAGACAAGAUCGAGUUUUGGAAUAGUGUAUAUGGGUUCGACAUGAGCUGCAUCAAAAAGCAAGCCUUGGUGGAGCCUUUGGUGGACACUGUUGACCAGAAUCAAAUUGUCACCAACUGUCAGCUACUUAAGACAAUGGAUAUAUCGAAAAUGGCGCCUGGUGAUGCUUCCUUUACCGCUCCAUUCAAGCUUGUAGCAGAACGCGAUGAUUACAUUCAUGCUCUUGUAGCCUACUUUGAUGUAUCUUUUACCAAGUGCCAUAAGUUGACUGGAUUCUCGACUGGACCAAGAUCAAGAGCUACACAUUGGAAGCAAACAGUUCUAUACUUGGAAGAUGUUAUCACGAUUUGCGAGGGAGAGACUAUAACUGGGAGUUUGAAUGUUGCUCCAAACAAGAAAAAUCCUCGCGAUAUCGAUAUCGUUCUCAAAUACUCAUUCAAUGGACGUCGUUGCACAAUCUCGAAGACUCAACAUUACAAGAUGCGUUGAUUCUCAACAGUAUCUGCAAACUUGGCUUGUCUCUGAACACAAUCAAUGUCUUGAGUGUUGCUUUGCUACAUCCUCUUAAAGGGUUAGGUUUGGCAAUUACAACCGUAUUGACAUGCUUGUAUUCUUUUUGCCCAUCCGUAUGCUUUAAAUUCAAUCUAUAGAUUCCUCUUCUACUAUAUUGACAAUUCUUGAUGGCUGGUAUUUUGCUGAUGUGAGUGAGAAAACAAUUUAUAAUGACAUUUCCUAAAAAUGAAUGAAAAUAGAUCCCUAAAUUUACUUUCAUGAAA